UGGAGGAGUGGGAUAAAGAGUGGAAAGGUAGGAAGCUGCAUACAGUUGAAGGUGGGGGGGCGUGAAGGAUCAGCUGGAGGGGGAGGAGAGCUGAAGUCACGUUAGACAGAGUGAGGAUGGGGCAUAUUAUUUAAACAGCAGGCUGCAUUUGAUGGGAAGGCAUCUGGAUGGGCUGUGUGAAUUAUGUGAGGAUCUGGAGAAAGUAGAACGUUAUUAUGGGAUGCAGGAAAUACAACCCCUACAGUUCUCUACCGCCCCGGCCCAGAUGGACCGGGCCCAGAUGGACCGGGCCCAGAUGGACCGGGCCCAGAUGGACCGGGCCCAGAUGGACCGGGCCCAGGUGGACCGGGCCCAGGUGGACCGGGCCCAGGUGGACCGGGCCCAGGGGGCGGUAGAGAACCACGAGAAAACAAAACACAAGAGGAAGAAGACCAAAACAAACCACCAUGGACGAGCAGAACCAGGAUUGGGUCGACUACGACGUUUACAAGAUAGAAAUAAAGGAGGAGAAACCGGAUCUGGACCUUAUCACGCAGGAUCGUGUGACCACGAACGAGCUCAAAGAGGAGAACCAGGAAUUCUACGUGAGCCAAGUUAAGGAGGAAACCCGACAUUUGGAUUCGGUGGAGCAGAUAAGCAUCAAGGAAGAGCAGCAGGAGGCGGAGAACCGGAGCACCGCUACAGCUGGUUCCGAGCAGCAGAGCACACACAGGUGUCAGCAGUGUGACCAAGCCUUCACUACACCAUCAGACCUACAGAUUCAUCAGAGAGUCCACACCAGAGAGAACCUGAACAUCUGUGACCAGUGUGGGAAAAUAUUUACACGGUCAAGUAAUCUAAAAUCUCAUCAACAAAUUCAUACCGGAAUGAGGCCGUACAGCUGUGAUCAAUGUGGAGCAGCUUUCACUGCAUUACGUACUUUAAAAAAACAUAAACAUGUUCAUACAGGAGAGAAACCGUACAGCUGUAGCCAGUGUGGAGCUGCUUUCAGUAGAUAUGAUUAUCUAAAAAUUCAUAAACGCGUUCAUACUGGAGAGAAACCUUACAGCUGCAAUCAAUGUGGGGCAGCUUUCACCACAUUGAACACUUUAAAAAUCCAUCAUCGUGUACACACUGGAGAGAAACCCUAUAGCUGUGACCAGUGUGGCGCCACUUUCACCACAUUAAGUAAUAUGAAAAUCCAUCAUCGUGUACAUACUGGAGAGAAACCAUACAGCUGUGAUCAAUGUGGGGCAACGUUUACUGUUUACCAUCAUCUAAAAAAUCAUAAACGUGUUCAUACUGGAGAGAAACCAUACAGCUGCGACCAGUGUGCAGCAGCGUUCACUACAAUAAAUAUCCUAAAAUCACACAAACGUGUACACACAGGUGAAAAACCCUACAGUUGUGAUCAAUGUGGCACAGCUUUUGCCAGAUAUGAUCAUCUGAAAAGUCAUAAACGGGUCCAUACUGGAGAGAAACCAUACAGUUGUGACCAAUGUGUGGCAGCGUUUGCAAGAUACGAUCACCUCAAACUCCACAAGCGUGUCCAUACUGGAGAGAAACCAUACAGCUGUGACCACUGCGGGGCAGCGUUUGCCAGGUGCGAUCAUCUAAAAAGUCAUCAACGUGUUCACACUGGAGAGAAACCUUAUUGGUGUGAUCAGUGUGGAAAAGUCUUUUCUCAGCACAGCAACCUAAGAAACCACCAGUGUGUUGAAACCGUUGAAACCGUUGAAACCGAAGUGACAGUGUAAGUUUGCAUGUGCUGAAGGUUUGCCGGCAUAACUUUGAGCUCAGAACAAAAUGAGGCUAAAUGUUUACUCAUGGUAAUAAUUCUUUUUAAAAAAUAAAUGAACUUAGAAUCAAUGUUCUUUCUGUCUGCGAGAUAGAAUCCUAAAUUAUAUUGACAAGGAUAAUACAUUAACAAUAACUGUAAAGCUUAGCAUGUACAGUUAAACACUUAGCACUAGCUCCUUAAACACACCAACAGGCGUGCCCACAUCCUUGGUGACAUUUUGAAUUUGACCUGAUUAUAAUGAUAUGAUGAUAUGAUUGCUCUUCUGGAUCUGAACGUCAGUGUCCACUGUAUUAACUCAAUGUACAUGCGCUACUGCUGUGCAUUGAGCUCUACCUAAACAUUAGUCUGAACCAUAACCUGUCCCAUUUACAGUCUGUUGAAAAGUUGACUGACAAAAUAUAAACUCUCUGCACUUAAUUACAGCGUUUUAACUUCAUUGCUUCUCUAAGCACUUUAUGCUUCUCAUUCAGCCUUUCACACACAGUGGUCUCUAGGGUUUUAGGGCACUUUGAUAGCACACAGUCAGUGAUCACUGUACUAUAAGCACUUUACUGACAUGAAUUGAAAGGAUGGGUGGUUUUAUCCAACCUUCGACUAAUGUUGAAACUGCACCCGUCGUUAAAAUCAUUUACUGACUUUUGUGCUAUUGUUUUUCAAAUUGCUCUGCUGUGUUUAAACCUUGGUGAAGGAAAGUGUCAAAAUGACAAACCCACACAGUUUAAACCUCUAGGUCUGUCCUGCAGGAUUUUCUUGGAUGUUCAUUUUUUAAACAGUAAUCCAUAAAACCAAUUCUCACCGUGUUAAUCGGUCACAUUCUUUUUGCUGAUGAUAAAUGAGGCCCUCCCAGGGACCAGUCACCAUCAGUUCACUGAUUAGAGAGUCAGUGUCUUACGGUCUGAUGGGACCGUACAAAGUAUUGGGUGUUUGGGCAGAAGGCAGCUUCUCCAAACAUGGACUAGUCUUUUCCUGCGUAAAUACCACAGGUUGUGACUGACUGAAUGAAUCAUUUACCUGCUUUACUGGUAUUUACUGUUUGUAGUUAGCAGCGCAAUUAUCAAGUGAUAAUGAUAAUUGUUAUAGUAGUAACAUGGACAUGUGUUGUGUGUUAAUUACAACGUAAACAUGUUGUCUAUUAAAUGACAGUAAACAUAAA